AUGGGCGAGUCUGGGACUGCAGCAUCCGCCGAGGCGGACGGGUCAGAGGCUUCUAAGAAGGAUCUACCCCCCGUGGUAGAAAUCGAUUCUGCUGGUGAUAUUGUCUUGGAUGUAACCUUCGAGACUUCUGCCAGUACUCUCAACCAAACUCGCAAAGCCGAGCUUGCUGCUAGCAGGAAAGCCGGUACCCAGCCCCCUGACCGCUCAACCCUGAAGUCAAAAGUGCGGGUGGCAUACCGAGUCAACCUCUCAGUUCUGAAGAAGCACUCAAAGUACUUCUCGAAUCUUCUCUCCAAUUCUCAAUUUAGAGAAGCCAAGCUCAUCUCGGAUAUACACGAGAAGCUUGCCCAGCUGAAGAUCAACGCUACUGAAGCCGAUGUUGAGGAUCUACCCUGGAUCCCAAUCACCGACGAUGAUGACGCAACUAAAGCUGCCGGACGCGAGAACGCCAUGGAGGAUAUUCUCAAUAUCAUACACCAGCGACCUACAAAGACGUCUCGUGGAACCAUGUCAUACGUUACUACUUUAGCAAUCGUUGCUGAUCGCUUCGACUGCGUAGCGGCUGUGGCUCGCGUUUUGAACACGGAGCUCAAGUUUAAGUGGCCAUUGACUUCGAAUAAACCUCUGCGAAGUGAUGAUGGGCGACCUACAGAGGCAGAGCAGGUAUUGCGCCAAAAGAUACUAGUUGCAUGGCUUUUAGGACAACCUAUGCGCCUACAACAGUCGACUCGGGAGAUCAUCAUGAGAGGGUCAACUCUCUGGAGCGAGUUUUAUGAUCCUGAUGCCAACAAUAUGACUGCUGCAUGGUGGAACUUGCCCGACGGGCUAGAGGAGGAGCUUCGGCAUCGACGGGAGUGUAUUCUCAAUACCGUCUCCUCUGUCCAGCGUCAUUUCCUCACUUUGUUCUCAUCUCGAGAAAGACAGUGCAAACUUGGAUAUGACUCAAGUGCAGCAUGUGACUCUUACCAGCUUGGUCAAAUGCUGAAGUUCUUCGUGAACAAAAACUUACUCUUCCUUGUGGACUACAGCCCUGCAUCUUUGAACAUGGUACCAGACACUGCCAUGAUCGAGAUUGAGGAGCUAUUGAACACACUACAGCAAUGCCCGAGUUACCAAGUUGAUAAACAUCAUACCAACUGCGGUUUGCGAACCCGUCUUGAACCUAUCUUGAUCUAUAUGCGGUCGAUGCUUUCAGCAAAUGUUAUUGCAAUCUCUUAUGCCGACUGGAAGAAGCGACCAACCGAGAUGUCGUGGCUGGCCCAGAAGGAACAUGCCUCUAACGACAGAGAUAGUGCCCCAAAGAAGUUUCAGUUUACACGAGCCAUCGCAAAUGAUCAGCGACUACGUUACGAAGGAGCUCUUUAUGUCGACAAGAUGGCAAAGGCAAUGUUUUUGGCAGACGAAUGGGAUUGGACCCCUGAAACUUGA